AUGGAUUCGCCAUUCAUUGAACCAAUAAAUGCUUGGAGAGCCGCUCAAAAAGAGCUUGACAAAGCCAUUGAGAAUUACCUUCAAAAAACCAUGGCUCUUGAGUCUAUCCAGUCCGAUGCAAUCAGCGCGUACUCUACUGCGAUGCCUGAAGGCAACAAGGUAUGGCACGAGCUAUUCAGCCAUGCUCAAGCAAUACCUUCAAGAACACAAAGCUUGGAAACAGGAAGAAUUAUAUUGAGCCGGAUAUACAACCGAUCCCCGUCCUUGGUUCCCAUAAGCAAGUUACCAGCAGAAAUUCUGUUAUCGAUCUUCUCUUACUGUGCUCUCGAUACCGAAGCCCCGUGGCAAGGUCGCUUCGUCUGUGAUGUGCGUCGCUACAAUCCGACUGGACUGAUUCAUCUGAGUGGAGUUUGCACUCGGUGGCGAUUACUGGUGGUUAACGAACCCUCGUUCUGGUCUCAUAUUACCUUUUGUCCCGAUCGACGGUAUAAUACCAAAGAGACUUCAUGGAACCUCCUUCGAAUGUCACUUGAGCGCUUGUCAGGAAGUCCAUUAUGCAUCACGGUCCCAAACGAUAUAUUCUCCUCAGGAAUUGACAAAACACUAAUGGCAUUCAAGUGCCUGCGGCCAUUGGCUGGUAAUACAAAGAGCCUCAUCUUCCCGUCCUGCACUCAAUACCGAAAAAUUGUCCCUUCGCUCCUUUAUUUUCUUCAAGCUAAUAGCCUCGAGAGUAUUACCUUGGCAGGCGAAGACAUGGUUGAGCUCAAUCCCGGAGUCGUCGGCCUUCGGGAUGAAUCAUAUCCCGUCCUAUCGGAUCCAAAACAUAAGUCAUGCUUGCUUUCUGUCAGCUCACUUCACCUAAGGCGGGCGUCAUUUAGCUGGGAUAGUCCGAUAUAUCACAAUCUUCUUUCCCUGACGCUUGAUAAUGUAUCCAUGCACGCGCGCAGGGAGCCGACUACUGAGAAUAUUUUGGCAAUUCUUUCCAGCUCGCCACAACUCAACUCGCUUGCUUUACGCACAAAGAUAUUUGCUAGCAAAGACACGGAUGCACUACCCUCUCGAGUCGAACUUCAUUGCCUGAAAAGGCUGGAUCUUCACGGAGCAGGUACCGAAGGGUUACUUCAGCUGCUCCCCAGGCUCUUCGUUUCUUCCACAAGUCUUAUGCUUGAGGCUGACAUAUAUGUGAACCGCUUUUAUGAAGCUUCCAUGAAUGAAUUUCUGGCCCGCAUAAAUGUCACCGGGAUUGUGUUGAAUGAUCGGAUGAUUUUGAUUGAAGACGAAAACGAAAGAGGUAUUACAGCAAUCCAAAGAAUGUAUAGCCUACUACCAAACUUGGAGCGUAUGUGGGUCAUGAGUAGCUGGGGGUCGAACAUUUCAAACUUUGCCGAAGCUUUGUCGCGCCCAGUGGUUGGUGGGCAUGAGUUACUAUGUCCAAAAUUACGCAAAUUCUCCGUAGAAGAUCAGUUAAUCAGAAAGGAUAUUCUAGAUGAUGUUAUUCGGACCCACCCACUCCUCCAAUGA